AUGUAUAUAUUUCCUUCCUUUUUUAACUUCUGUAUUCUUGCCUUAUCACCAGGCUUUGCCGUCAAUGCAACCACCGGCGAUCUAUACGUGGCAUCAGCCUAUGGUGCUGGUGGCACGGAGCAUUCCAUUGAUCGCCUCGAUGCAUCCGGUGCACCAGGUGACAACGAACCUUCUACGGCUGCUCAAUUGCGUGCCUCCGCAGCAGGAGGCCAUUUAGUGCCAGGCCACCUGAAACCCGGUGUUUAUCGGCUCCGUCUAAGAGUAGUCGAUCAGGGCUAUCCGGAACAAUCAGUCGAGACCUGGCUCACGGUGGGUUUAUAUUCAACUUGCCUUAUCCACUGUACCUAA